AUGAGUUACGACCCUAUACACGAUACAUAUAUCCCCAAUAAACUGGCGAUAGAAACAACCAGCGAAGUUCCACAACAGACCGAGCUGGAUGCACAUAGAAGUGGACCAAUCUCAAUCUCAAGUUUGGUCAGUCGUAACAGCACCGACAGUAUCCCACCUGAAGAUGUGCCUGUUGUUACUCCUGUGAAAAAUGAAGUCAACAAAGUGAUUUCCAUCUCCAACAUAGUGAACAACUCGUCAGAUGCUGACGAAGAACAGGAGCAAGAACAAGAACAAGAACAAGAAGAAGAAGAUGAAGACACCGAUGUCAAUUCAUCCAUUAUCGGCCAUGAAGACAGCGAAACCAUAACUGCUAGCACCACUAAAUCCAAAAGAAAACAUCCCAAUACUAAUCGGUUCAAACAUUUGAAAAAAGCAGACGGAGAACCAUUUUGGAGAAAGGAUAUCUCCCAUGACUUUCUCAAGUACUUGUUUGAUGACGAAACUGCUUGCUUCACUAACUCAUUCCCCGAAUGCAACAUCUCUAACGCCAACAAUGAUCCCAAGAUUUCUUUUUCGGACUUGUAUGUUCGCUCAUUAGUUGAAUCGACAAAAUGUUCACGCGUACUUAAAGAGAGAUUGAUCAAGGAUAAAGAAAUGGGUAAAUCGGUGGCCAAGGUGUGUCUAUUAGUCAAUGCCGGAAGAAUGAACACCACCAUAAACUUUGUCCCAGAAAUGAGGUCAAGUUUACGGACAUACCAUUCAAUCCCUUCGUUGCAAGCCGACCCGGAAACUGGCAAGUCCAAACAAUUACAAGACACACCAAGAUUAAAGUCAAUCCUCAAAGCUGUAUGCGAAGGUGAAGAAAACAACUUGAAGUUUUUGGACGAAAUGAUUUCAAAUCCGCCGGCCAAAAAACCAAACACAAACGUCGUACAGUUGAUUUUCCUCUUGAGUAACUCGUUACAUGGAAUUCCCUAUUUCGGUCCCGACGAACCUAGCAAUCAAUUGAUGGAAUUCUUUAUGAAUCCCAAGAUUCACCCUAAGAACAAAGCACAACGAUUCCUCUGGGUGAUGUACACUUAUUUAGAAACUAGUUUCACUUCAGAAGAAUUAGCCCAGAAUCCAUUUGGUGGAGCUACUGUUCCAGGUAUAGAAUUAAUUCCUGAAGAUCAAAUUGCUGAAUUUGACAAAGACACCGAUUAUGAAAUUGCAUAUGCGGAAAACAUGUACAAGACCAGAUUGAAAUGUUUAGCUGAUGAAGAACAUAAUGCUCCUGUCAAGAAAAAGACCGGGAAGAGAGAUUUGGAAGAUGCGGAGACAAGCGAGUCUGAUGAUACCGCUGACGAACUGGCAAUUAUCAAGAAGAAAAUUGCCCCCAACGGAACCCAAUUGAAGAAGAAAAAACUUAAACGAACUUCCCAGCCUAAUGUGUCGUCACCACUAUCCAAGAAUGUCAUCAAUUUCAAUGUUGAUAAAUCUGAAGAUAACGAAGCUGAAGUCAGAACACAAAACAAGAACGGUUCUACCUUAGACAACAUCCAAUUCCCAAUUGAAGGACUUUCCAAGAUUGUUUCGUCUUUCGGACCAACUACAAUAGAUGCUGUUCCUGAUGUAGCUGAAUCUGUCUCACACAUGGAUGAUGUUGUAAACUUUACUCGACCAAUUGUGAAGGAAGUGCGAACUUCUUCCAAGGCAAGUACGGCAUCUUUUAACAAGAAAACCACCAUACUUGGGAACUGGAUCUAUCGAUACUUCAAAUAUAAAAAGUCCAUUGGAAAUAAAUUAUUAGGAAUAGAAUGGGAAGACAUUCGUCAUGAUUUGAUCCAUGGAGUGGAAUCAUACAUGAAUGAGCAAUUUGGAAAAUCGUUGAACAUCGAGAAAUUCUUACAUAUCACCAAGGAGGAUGAAGAUGGAGAAGCAAACGAACAGGAUGGCGACCUUGGAUUUUCAUAUCUCCCCAUACACGACUAUAACAAAGCCAACGAAAAGAGCGUGUUUAUAUUACAAUUGACUACAUUUUGUAACGAAUGGUUCAUUCUGAAAUUACAAGAACAAUUAAAGGCCGGGGUUGCUCCCGUGGUACAUAAUAGUAGAAUCUCGUUUGAUUUAGAUAAUCACCAGGUGUUGUAUAACUAA